AUGUCGCUAUCCUCAACAGCUUACCUCCUUCUCGGACUCACUGCCCUCGCAACAUGCACCUCAUCCUGCAGCUAUGAACCGUCCUCAAACGCAACCCUUGAAAAUUUCCCAAAGGCGUCACCUGGUUCUCCUUACGACCCAAACAUCCUUUCCGAAGUCCCUAUUGCAUCAGUGUGCAGCUCCUCCAACGCGAUGGAUGAGCUCGCCUGUGCAAGAAGGUACAUUGACAUUAUUGAUGAACAACUCGCCUUCCUCUACGCUCGACGCUUGGGCUACGCUGCUGUCGCUGGGUUCGCCAAGUAUAGCCAGGUUGUCGAUCUGAAUGAUCCAAGUAGAAAUGAGGCUGUUGCAGAGGGGAUGGCACAGAGGGUUCUCAAGUAUGGAGGUAGCGAGGAGGCAGGAAGGGUUAUGGGUGGCGAAGGAUGCCAGAUCUAUGUGAGCUUGGAGUUUGAAUUGUCGGAGAUACAAGGGACUUGUGAUCCUCAGUUUCAGGAGGAUGUUAAAAGAGAAUGUAAUUAA